ACAGGCUGAGCCACCAGCUGUGCUAUAUAAGGCCGGCACUGGACUGCUGGAGAGGCGAAGGCUUGGACCCCCAGCUGAGGAGUCCUGCUCAAGACACGGUCACUGGAUCUGAGAAACUUCCCAGGGGACCGCAUUCCAGAGUCAGUGACUCUGUGAAGCACCCACAUCUACCUCUUGCCACGUUCCCACGGGCUUGGGGGAAAGAUGGUGGGGACCAAGGCCUGGGUGUUCUCCUUCCUGGUCCUGGAAGUCACAUCUGUGUUGGGGAGACAGACGAUGCUCACCCAGUCAGUAAGAAGAGUCCAGCCUGGGAAGAAGAACCCCAGCAUCUUUGCCAAGCCUGCCGACACCCUGGAGAGCCCUGGUGAGUGGACAACAUGGUUCAACAUCGACUACCCAGGCGGGAAGGGCGACUAUGAGCGGCUGGACGCCAUUCGCUUCUACUAUGGGGACCGUGUAUGUGCCCGUCCCCUGCGGCUAGAGGCUCGGACCACUGACAGGACACCUGCGGGCAGCACUGGCCAGGUGGUCCAUGGUAGUCCCCGUGAGGGUUUCUGGUGCCUCAACAGGGAGCAGCGGCCUGGCCAGAACUGCUCUAAUUACACCGUACGCUUCCUCUGCCCACCAGGAUCCCUGCGCCGAGACACAGAGCGCAUCUGGAGCCCAUGGUCUCCCUGGAGCAAGUGCUCAGCUGCCUGUGGUCAGACUGGGGUCCAGACUCGCACACGCACUUGCUUGGCAGAGAUGGUGUCGCUGUGCAGUGAGGCCAGCGAAGAGGGUCAGCACUGCAUGGGCCAGGACUGUACAGCCUGUGACCUGACCUGCCCAAUGGGCCAGGUGAAUGCUGACUGUGAUGCCUGCAUGUGCCAGGACUUCAUGCUUCAUGGGGCUGUCUCCCUUCCUGGAGGUGCCCCAGCCUCAGGGGCUGCUAUCUACCUCCUGACCAAGACGCCGAAGCUGCUGACCCAGACAGACAGUGAUGGGAGAUUCCGAAUCCCUGGCUUGUGCCCUGAUGGCAAAAGCAUCCUGAAGAUCACAAAGGUCAAGUUUGCCCCCAUUGUACUCACAAUGCCCAAGACUAGCCUGAAGGCAGCCACCAUCAAGGCAGAGUUUGUGAGGGCAGAGACUCCAUACAUGGUGAUGAACCCUGAGACAAAAGCACGGAGAGCUGGGCAGAGCGUGUCCCUGUGCUGUAAGGCCACAGGGAAGCCCAGGCCAGACAAGUAUUUUUGGUAUCAUAAUGACACAUUGCUGGAUCCUUCCCUCUACAAGCAUGAGAGCAAGCUGGUGCUGAGGAAACUGCAGCAGCACCAGGCUGGGGAGUACUUUUGCAAGGCCCAGAGUGAUGCUGGGGCUGUGAAGUCCAAGGUUGCCCAGCUGAUUGUCAUAGCAUCUGAUGAGACUCCUUGCAACCCAGUUCCUGAGAGCUAUCUUAUCCGGCUGCCCCAUGAUUGCUUUCAGAAUGCCACCAACUCUUUCUACUAUGACGUGGGACGCUGCCCUGUUAAGACCUGUGCAGGGCAGCAGGAUAAUGGGAUCAGGUGCCGUGAUGCUGUGCAGAACUGCUGUGGCAUCUCCAAGACAGAGGAGAGGGAGAUCCAGUGCAGUGGCUACACGCUACCCACCAAGGUGGCCAAGGAAUGCAGCUGCCAGCGGUGUACGGAAACUCGGAGCAUCGUGCGGGGCCGUGUCAGUGCUGCUGACAAUGGGGAGCCCAUGCGCUUUGGCCAUGUGUACAUGGGGAACAGCCGUGUAAGCAUGACUGGCUACAAGGGCACUUUCACCCUCCAUGUCCCCCAGGACACUGAGAGGCUGGUGCUCACAUUUGUGGACAGGCUGCAGAAGUUUGUCAACACCACCAAAGUGCUACCUUUCAACAAGAAGGGGAGUGCUGUGUUCCAUGAAAUCAAGAUGCUUCGUCGGAAAGAGCCCAUCACUUUGGAAGCCAUGGAGACCAACAUCAUCACCCUGGGGGAAGUGGUUGGUGAAGACCCCAUGGCUGAACUGGAGAUUCCAUCCAGGAGUUUCUACAGGCAGAAUGGGGAGCCCUACAUAGGAAAAGUGAAGGCCAGUGUGACCUUCCUGGAUCCCCGGAAUAUUUCCACAGCCACAGCUGCCCAGAGUGACCUGAACUUCAUCAAUGACGAAGGAGACACUUUCCCCCUUCGGACGUAUGGCAUGUUCUCUGUGGACUUCAGAGAUGAGGUCACCUCAGAGCCACUUAAUGCUGGCAAAGUGAAGGUCCACCUUGACUCAACCCAGGUCAAGAUGCCAGAGCACAUAUCCACAGUGAAACUCUGGUCACUCAAUCCAGACACAGGGCUGUGGGAGGAGGAAGGUGAUUUCAAAUUUGAAAAUCAAAGGAGGAACAAAAGAGAAGACAGAACCUUCCUGGUGGGCAACCUGGAGAUUCGUGAGAGGAGGCUGUUUAACCUGGAUGUUCCUGAAAGCAGGCGGUGCUUUGUUAAGGUGAGGGCCUACCGGAGUGAGAAGUUCUUGCCUAGUGAGCAGAUCCAGGGGGUUGUGAUCUCCGUGAUUAACCUGGAGCCUAGAACUGGCUUCUUGUCCAACCCUAGGGCCUGGGGCCGCUUUGACAGUGUCAUCACAGGCCCCAAUGGGGCCUGUGUGCCUGCCUUCUGUGAUGACCAGUCCCCUGAUGCCUACUCUGCCUAUGUCUUGGCAAGCCUGGCUGGGGAGGAACUGCAAGCAGUGGAGUCUUCUCCUAAAUUCAACCCAAAUGCAAUUGGCGUCCCUCAGCCCUAUCUCAACAAGCUCAACUACCGUCGGACGGACCAUGAGGAUCCACGGGUUAAAAAGACAGCUUUCCAGAUUAGCAUGGCCAAGCCAAGGCCCAACUCAGCUGAGGAGAGCAAUGGGCCCAUCUAUGCCUUUGAGAACCUCCGGGCAUGUGAAGAGGCACCACCCAGUGCAGCCCACUUCCGGUUCUACCAGAUUGAGGGGGAUCGAUAUGACUACAACACAGUCCCCUUCAACGAAGAUGACCCUAUGAGCUGGACUGAAGACUAUCUGGCAUGGUGGCCAAAGCCGAUGGAAUUCAGGGCCUGCUAUAUCAAGGUGAAGAUUGUGGGGCCACUGGAAGUGAAUGUGCGAUCCCGCAACAUGGGGGGCACUCAUCGGCGGACAGUGGGGAAGCUGUAUGGAAUCCGAGAUGUGAGGAGCACUCGGGACAGGGACCAGCCCAAUGUCUCAGCUGCCUGUCUGGAGUUCAAGUGCAGUGGGAUGCUCUAUGAUCAGGACCGUGUGGACCGCACCCUGGUGAAGGUCAUCCCCCAGGGCAGCUGCCGUCGAGCCAGUGUGAACCCCAUGCUGCAUGAGUACCUGGUCAACCACUUGCCACUUGCAGUCAACAACGACACCAGUGAGUACACCAUGCUGGCACCCUUGGACCCACUGGGCCACAACUAUGGCAUCUACACUGUCACUGACCAGGACCCUCGCACGGCCAAGGAGAUCGCGCUCGGCCGGUGCUUUGAUGGCACAUCCGAUGGCUCCUCCAGAAUCAUGAAGAGCAAUGUGGGAGUAGCCCUCACCUUCAACUGUGUAGAGAGGCAAGUAGGCCGCCAGAGUGCCUUCCAGUACCUCCAAAGCACCCCAGCCCAGUCCCCUGCUGCAGGCACUGUCCAAGGAAGAGUGCCCUCAAGGAGGCAGCAGCGAGCGAGCAGGGGUGGCCAGCGCCAGAGUGUAGUGGUGGCCUCUCUGAGAUUUCCUAGAGUUGCUCAACAGCCCCUGAUCAACUAAGUUUUGUGGUACUUCACCCUCUUCUGCCCUCAUUUCAUGUGACAGCCAUUGUGAGACUGAUGCACAAACUGUCACUUGGUUAAUUUAAGCACUUCUGUUUUCGUGAAUUUGCUUGUUUGUUUCUUCAUGCCUUUACUUACUUUGUCCCAUGCUACUGAUUGGCACGUGGCCCCCACAAUGGCACAAUAAAGCCCCUUUGUGAAACUGUUCUUUAAAUGAAACACAAGAAAUUGGCCACUGGUAAAACUCUGCAGCUUCAACUGUACUUCAUUUAAUGCCAUUAAUGCAAAUAGACUUCCUCUUCUUUUUGCAUGGUUUUGCCCACCUCUGCAAUAGUGAUAAUCUGAUGCUGAAGAUCAAAUAACCAAUAUAAAGCAUACUUCUUGGCCUUGCUCCACAGGACAUAGGCAAGCCUUGAUCAUAGUUCAUACAUAUAAAUGGUGGUGAAAUAAAGAAAUAAAACACAAUACUUUUACUUGAAA